AUUAUAUGCAGUAAAACGUAUAUGGAAUGCGUAUUCAUACCUCUACAAUGUUAGAAGUCAAAAAUUUAUUAUGCGUGGGAUUUUUGAUAAUUGUUUUUGUGGUAAAGUCCAUCCAGUUUGACUAUGUUGUAGUGAAAGAUAGAAAACUAUUCGGACCUAGAUUAUUUAAAAGGAAUGCUAAGCCGGAUGUACCAAAAAUUAGGGAAUUUUUAGUAAAUACAAACGUAGCAAAUCGAUUUGCGGAAACAAAAGUAAUUAGUAAAGUGGAAAAUUCAGAUAAUUAUCCAAAACAGACAGCAUUUUCUGUUGUGAUACCUGAAAAAGCUUUCAUAUCUGGAUUUUAUAUGGAAACUGAGGGAAAACGCUAUAAAGCUUUCGUUAAGGCAAAUAAGAAAGCGCGUUCAAUUUAUAGUCAAUCGAUAAGCAAUGGUCACACGGCCGCUCAUGUUGCUGUUAGUACAAGAUUUUCAAAUCGGUUCACCGUAAAAUUGAACGUAGAGCCCUUUGAUAAGGUUAUAUUUUGCUUAACAUAUGAAGAACUAUUGGAAAGGAUAAAUGGUCAAUACGAGAUUCUUACCAAUAUCCAGCCGGGACAACUUGUUAAAAAACUAAAAGUAGAAAUUAAAAUUAAGGAAAGUCAACCCAUUGCAUUCGUAAGAACUCCGUCGCUUCGUUCAGGAAGUAACUACAAUAACAAUGUAGAUCCGCAUGCACUAGUAAAUCGUGGCAACAACUCGGUAACAGUCGUUUUCCAGCCGAGCAUCCAGAGACAGUUGGAGUUUGCCUGCGAGGGAUUCGGAAAUAAAUUAUUUGAUGGCUUUGCUGGACAAUUUGUUGUUAAAUAUGACGUGGUACGAAAUAAUGAAGGUGGAGAGACUAUGUAUCAAGAUGGUUAUUUCGUGAAUUUCUUCGCUCCCGUUAAGCAAGAGCCGAUACCAAAGUAUUUGGUAUUCAUACUAGAUACAAGUGGAAGUAUGGAUGGACAGAAGCUCAUCCAACUUAAAGACGCCAUGAAAAAUAUUCUUCCUCAGAUCGAUGAAUAUGAUUUGAUUACUAUAAUUGAAUUCGAAACUUCCGUAUAUAUAUGGGAUCUUAAUGCAGGUAGGACAGAUAUUUUUCGAAAUUUUAAUCCGGAAUAUCUGCCUUAUGGGUACAUUGCUGAUAAAUUCAAGACGAUUACUCCUGCAGCUUUUCCAGCAACUGAAGCAAAUGUUAAUAAGUUGAAAUCAAUGGUUGAUGCAAUGUGUGCGAAUGAAUUAACAAAUAGCAUCGGUGCUUUAGAAGUUGGAUUAUUAGCGGUGUCUAAAUUAGAGGAACAUUUUCCGAAAAAAUACAAAUCGGUCUUAGUAUUUUUAACAGAUGGUAUUCCAGUUGUAGGAAUCAGCGAUACGCAGGUUAUUAUUCAAAAAAUCACAGAUAUCAACAAAGCAAACUAUGAUGUUCCCAUUAUUUCACUGAGCUUUGGAUCUGACGCAGACUGGAAUUUUUUGGAUAAAUUAAGCAGAGAUAAUCGAGCAACAGCUAGGAAAAUUCCUGUUGGAGCUGAUUCUUCUGCUAUAUUACAAGAUUUUUAUCAAACAAUCUCACAAUUGACUUUAACUGAUUUAUCUUUUAAGAAUGUACCCAAUACGGCACUUGUAACUAAAACCUACUUCCCAUUUUUUUUCAAUGGAUCAGAAAUAGUUGUAGCAGGAAAAGGUGUUUUAGGUAAUGCAACAAAACCUAUAUCAGUAUCAGCAACAGCAAAACAAGGUCAAAAAGAAUUCGAGGCUAAAAUCGGCGUCCCCGUUGCCAGGUUAGAAAAGGUUUGGGCAUAUUUAACAGUGAAACAACUUGCAGAAGAGUACAAGAAAACAAAUAACAAUUCGCUCUUCAAAUUUGCAACUGAAAUAGCUAUGAAUUAUUCAUUGGUAACAGAGUUUACUUCACUAGUUGUGCUUAAACCAAAUAUCGAUGGGGUUACACCGGAUAUUGAAGACGCUUUCAUUCCUAAUGAGUCUAACGAAUUGCCGAUGUGUCAAGAUCUUUCUAGCGUUCUUAAGACGACGGAACGUGAUGAUCCUACAACUACCUCAAUACCAACGAUAGAUGAUGACGCUCUAUUAGAAGUAAUUAUUGGUGUUACUGAAACUCCUGCAACAACUUUAACUCCAGAAAUCACAACGACCGAAUCUACAACAACAACUGAACCUACAACAACACGUAAACUAACAUGUAAUGAAUCUAUGUACGGUUGCUGCCAUGAUGGCAUUACUUUCUCUUUAAGACCUAAUGCUGAUGGAUGUGAUCCAAUUCCCAAAGCAGAAAGUUGUUCUCUACCUCAAGAUGGAGGAUCAUGCAACAACAUUACAUUUAAAUGGUAUUACAGUACAGAAAAACACGGAUGCAAGCUGUUUAAAUAUGGAGGAUGUGGUGGCAACGAUAAUCGAUUCUCAUCUAAGGAAAAUUGCCAGAAAACUUGCGUUGAUCCACAAGGCAAAGAAAGAUGUAAAUUACCUAUUGAUUUGGGCUAUGGUCACAAACCAACACUUCAUUGGUUUUAUAACAAAACAAGUGGAGAAUGCGUAAAAUACAUGUAUGGUGGUUAUUUGGGAAAUUCUAAUAGAUUUGUUAAGAAGUUAGAAUGUUUGAAAAUGUGCAAUCCACCGGGGUUACAAAAAACUUUAGUAGGUAUCUGUAAGCAGCCCUUAAAUAGAGGAAGCAAACGUUGUCAAAAAUUUAGCACUAAUUUCUAUUUCGAUAUAUCAAUAGGACAAUGUAAAAAAUUUUGGUUUAACGGUUGCGGCGGCAAUGACAAUAGAUUUGAAACGUUGAAGGAAUGUGAAGAUUUGUGUGUUUAUUCUGAAAAUAAAGGGAUUUGUCAAGCACCACCUGUCAGGGGUUUUUGUCAAUAUAAGUACGAAUCUUGGUACUACAAUAGCAGUACGUCAAAAUGCCAACCUUUUAUAUACAGCGGAUGUGGAGGCAAUAAAAAUAAAUUUAAAACUAAAAAGGAAUGUGAAAAUGUUUGUUUGAAUAGUACGUAAUAAAUAUUAUAACUUUUAUAUUAAUAUAUUUUU